GGAACAAUUUAUAUGAACCAAUCAUUCAAGUACAACAUCCACAUUACACAAUCAUGGAUAAAUUAUUCAUCAUUACCUUGCUUGGUUUGCUGAUAUUGGUUAAUGGAGUUGCUGAAAACUUGGUGUACAACAACUUUGCCAUGCUUGAGGAGCUUGAAAGCUUUGAGAUAGACGAUGAAGAUGAUGUGGAACUUUUCGAUAUCCCGUCAUGGACUAGUGAACGAGGUGGCAAGGUUCUUGUGAAUGUUGAUAGCUUUGGCGCUGUUGGAGAUGGAAUUUCUGAUGACACCCAGGCAUUUGUGAAAGCUUGGGGCACCGCCUGUGCUAUCCCAAAAUCAGUAUUCUUGGUUCCCUCCGGGCGCCGUUAUUUAGUUAAUGCAACAAGAUUUAAGGGCCCUUGUGAAGAUAAGUUGAUCAUCCAGAUAGAUGGAACAAUUGUAGCACCUGAUGAGCCUAAGAACUGGGACCCCGAUCUCGCUCGACUAUGGCUUGAUUUCUCUAAGCUGAACGGAGUCCUCUUCCAAGGGAAUGGAGUUAUUGAUGGAUCAGGCAGCAAAUGGUGGGCGUCAUCUUGCAAAAAGAACAAGUCCAAUCCUUGCAGAGGUGCACCAACAGCAUUGACCAUUGAUUCAAGCUCAGCAGUGAAAGUAAAAGGUCUUACUAUCAAGAACAGCCAGCAGAUGAAUUUUGUGAUUUCCAAGUCAGCAUCCGUGAGAAUAUCUAAAGUUACUGUCUCAUCACCUGGAGACAGUCCUAACACUGAUGGAAUCCAUAUUACUCAAUCAACUAAUGUGGUUCUCCAGGAUUGCAAAAUCGGAACAGGUGACGAUUGCAUCUCGAUUGUCAACGGUAGCUCUGCGAUUAAGAUGAAGGGAAUAUAUUGUGGACCGGGACAUGGAGUCAGCAUUGGAAGUCUAGGGAAGGACAACUCAACAGGCAUAGUCACAAAGGUGGUCCUGGAUACUGCACUUAUCAGGGAGACAACGAAUGGCGUCAGGAUUAAGACUUGGCAGGGAGGUAAUGGUUAUGUUCGCGGGGUACGUUUUGAAAAUGUCAGGAUGGACAAUGUUGAUAACCCCAUCAUCAUUGACCAAUUCUACUGUGAUUCCCCGAAAUCGUGCCAAAACCAGACAUCAGCAGUGAGAAUUAGCGAGAUCAUGUACCGCAAUAUUAGUGGCACUACAAAGAGUGCAAAAGCGAUGAAGUUUUCCUGCAGUGACACAGCUCCUUGCAGCACCAUAGUCCUGAGCAACGUAAACUUGGAGAAGGAGGAUGGCACAGUAGAGACCUACUGCAAUUCGGCCGAAGGCUUUGGAUAUGGCAUUGUUCACCCAUCAGCUGAUUGCUUAACUUCCCAUGACAAAGACUAUAGUUUCUUCGAGCAGACAGAAGUUUCCCAAGACUACAUUCUCAACGACGUGACGGAAGAAAAGGUUGAGCUUGCAGAUUCCAACAACGACCGCAUUGUUCAUACUGAACUUUGACAUGGCCUCUUAUUGUAAUAAAACUAUCCUUAUUAACUAUAGUAAUAUACUAAAUUGGGUAAAUGGAAUGUAUAGAAUACAAAUAGAUAUUUCUUGGAGGAGGAUUGAGGUGCCCAUGUUCGAUUUUUUGGGAAGUUACAGGUAUUCAUAUAUAGUCACAGACCAACGAAAGCAAUUAUGCACCUGGGAUUUUAAAUAUUGUGUAUAUUUUGAUUACAUGUGCCUGCAUUAUUUGAAGGUUUGUCAUAAUUGCAAGUUGGAACAUUUGUAAUGAUUUUUUGUUGUUUCGGGUUUCAAAUUCUAUAAUGUAAGUCUCUCUCUUUUUUUCCUA